AUGGACACCGAUUCAUUCACAGUGUACUUUGAAACCAUCAGGCAGAUUCGUAACGAGGCUGAACUUCUAGUGAAGCAAAUUGACGAAGCAAUGGAAUAUCUGAAAAACACAUUUGCUGACUAUAACCACUGGGAAGCGGAAAUGGCAAAGAAAUACCAGGGCCUAACAUCAACCUUUUCAUCGACGGAAAUGGUGUCAAGGAGUAACAAACGGGUUUCAGGUGCGAAGGAAAAUGGAGGCAGCUCGGCGAAAAUACCUCGAUAA